GAAAGAUAUUUAAAAUUUGAAGAAACACAUUUCUUUUAAGUCUCUUUGUCUAGUAGGUCGUGAAGACAUAAUUUGGUCAAUUUAAUUAAGCUUAAACAAAUAAGAUGAGGGAAAUCGUACAUAUACAAGCUGGACAAUGUGGAAAUCAGAUCGGCGCUAAGUUCUGGGAGGUAAUAUCAGACGAACAUGGCAUCGAUCCAACUGGCACAUACCACGGCGAUUCCGACCUUCAAUUGGAACGUAUUAACGUGUACUAUAACGAAGCGACUGGAGGUAAAUAUGUGCCGAGGGCAAUUUUGGUAGAUUUAGAACCCGGGACAAUGGACUCCGUACGUUCAGGUCCUUUUGGGCAAAUCUUUAGGCCAGACAACUUCGUUUUUGGGCAAUCAGGUGCAGGGAAUAAUUGGGCUAAAGGACAUUAUACAGAAGGCGCUGAAUUAGUUGACUCAGUCCUUGAUGUUGUCAGAAAAGAAGCUGAAGGCUGCGAUUGCUUGCAAGGAUUCCAGUUAACACAUUCGCUUGGUGGAGGUACGGGGGCAGGAUUAGGUACGUUACUCAUUUCGAAGAUUCGAGAAGAAUAUCCUGACAGAAUUAUGAAUACCUUUAGCGUAGUACCAUCUCCAAAAGUGUCCGAUACUGUCGUUGAGCCAUAUAAUGCCACCCUGUCUGUGCACCAGCUUGUUGAAAACACUGACGAAUCAUAUUGCAUUGAUAACGAGGCUUUGUAUGAUAUUUGUUUCCGUACACUGAAAUUGACCACACCGACCUAUGGCGAUCUAAACCAUCUCGUAUCCGCAACAAUGUCAGGCGUUACCACCUGUCUGAGAUUCCCUGGUCAACUAAACGCGGAUUUGAGAAAAUUGGCCGUAAACAUGGUGCCAUUCCCUCGACUACAUUUCUUUAUACCUGGCUUUGCUCCGCUAACGUCCAGAGGCAGUCAACAAUACCGAGCACUUACUGUACCUGAGUUGACCCAGCAAAUGUUCGACGCCAAGAAUAUGAUGGCUGCAUGCGAUCCACGCCAUGGGCGAUACCUAACGGUCGCUGCGGUCUUCAGAGGCAGAAUGUCAAUGAAGGAAGUAGAUGAGCAAAUGAUGAAUAUUCAGAACAAGAACUCCUCCUAUUUCGUCGAAUGGAUUCCGAAUAAUGUAAAGACAGCUGUUUGCGAUAUACCACCGCGUGGUUUGAAGAUGUCGGCUACUUUUAUUGGGAACUCAACAGCUAUCCAGGAGCUCUUCAAACGUAUUUCUGAGCAAUUCACUGCUAUGUUUCGACGUAAGGCUUUUCUGCAUUGGUAUACUGGCGAGGGCAUGGAUGAGAUGGAAUUCACUGAAGCGGAGAGCAACAUGAACGACUUAGUAUCUGAAUACCAGCAGUACCAGGAUGCCACCGCUGAAGAAGAGGGUGAAUUUGACGAGGAAGAGGAAGGUGGAGAUGAAGGAGACUAGACGUUUUAGGAUUUGAAAAUUAUAUUUUAUUUGUUUAUUACAAUGUUUUAUUCAAAAA